GCUCUCUGAAAUGCGGCCGUGACAUAAAAACGCCAAUUAAAAUCCAUUUAUGUCCGUUAAGUCCGUUUCAGCUUGUUAUAGAACAAGAUUUACUAUUCAUCUUUAUGGUUAACUGUAAUCCAUAAAGUUUAUUUUUUAUAAACAUAGUAUAAUGAAUAUAAUAAGCUGGUUAAAGCAUUUGCUUAUUUUGACUUUCGUUUUUGCCAUCAAAAUAUGUUUGGUUUUCUCUAACGGAACCAUUUUUACUACUCCGAGUGUUGUAACAACUACACCUCAUUUUAACUGUUCAAUAUACACAUCAUGUCGCACUUGUACUAACGUAAACAGUUGUUUUUGGUGUGAACCUUCCAAAGUAUGUGAAAAGUUUCCAUCAAAGCAAAUUUUUCCAAGUGGAUGUGCGAAAAAUGAAUGGUAUUGGAAGCAGUGUCUUGUUCCAGGAUAUAUCCUUAUGAUUGUUGUUCCAUCAUUGGCAUUCAUUGUUCUUCUGUCUUGUGGAUGUUUUAUUUAUUGUAAAUGUUGUCGAAAAUCCAACACAAGCUGGAAGAAAGAGGAAGACAAACUUACACAGAAGAAAAAAGAACAGCAGUUAAAAGCUGAAGAACGCAAAGCUGAGCGUAAAGAGCGAUCAGAUGCCCUUCGAAUGAAAUAUGGACUUCUUAAAUCUGACGAUGAAGAUCCUUUGUUAAAUUAAGGAUGAUACUUAUAAGGAAGUUUAGUUGAUGCAUUUGAUAAUGGUUAAGCUUCUUUUUUUUCUUCUUUCUUUCUUCUACUCUCUCUUCUUGAUUGCUUAUGUCACUUUAUUUAAAAUUAGCAAAUGUGUCAAUCUAACUCAAAAAUGGUGUAAAUAAAUGUUACAUAAGUCAAUUUUUAUUUAGGUAACAAAAUUAUAAUAAUACU